AUGCAGGUCAUGGCACAUUUUCUGUCGAAUGUUGGCGUCUAUGCACCAGACACUGAGGUGCCUCCAAUAUACGGAGAUGCUGAUCUUCGUGUCAUGAGACGAAAUGCCGCUGCCAUGAAAAUGCUUUUACAUCCAGUUUGUAUAGUGUGGCUGAAUUUUGGGCUGGUGUUGAUAAACUCGCCUGGUGUACACUUUGUCCAACAUACAGCCCGGGCUAGCAGGAUUCUGGACCGCAUCACAAAUUUCAUCGCCAGUAACUCCUCCAAUGAAUCCAAAGCGAAACUUUUGGCAGUUCUAAUGAACGUUUCAGAUGCGGUGCCGCUAACUAACUCGACAGAAAAUCCACAUAUCGUCUUGACUCCAGGAGUAACAGAUAUGGAGCAAAUAGGCGGGGAAGUGAAUGAAACGGAAGCAAUCGAUAAUGUUUUGAUGGACGCUGCUGUACCUGGCACUGCGUUUAACGAACCGGAGUUACUAGCAGGCACUGAUAUCGUCAAAUUUGACGGAGACAUUUUAAUGCAGAUAGAACAAUUCGCAAAAAUACAGAGAAAUGUCACAUUGGAUUUAUUUGGAGAAGCCUUGGAGAAAAACUUGGGAAAACAGAAGAAGAACAUGACCCUGCUAAGUUGGAUAGAAUCACUGAUGCCUCUCUCUCGGAAGGAGCGAGCAGCAAGGAGGGACUCCAGGAGGGUCUGGCAGAAUGGCAUAGUACCAAUUAGGAUCGAUAGCAACAGGUUUCGUAACAGACACAAAAGACGGAUAGCUAAAUCUAUGAACAGAAUUUCGGAAAACACGUGUAUAUGUUUUGAUAUCAUUUCAAAAGCGGAAGCACUUGCGCAUAAGCCGCAUAUACGAAUAAUCGAUGGAAAUGGAUGCAGAUCAUACGUAGGAUAUUCAGUAAGAUGGAGGCACGGCUAUCUCGCCCAAGAUCUCGUCCUUGGUCAGAGAUGUAGAAGGUCGCGAAUUUCCACACACGAACUGCUGCAUGCGAUAGGACUAUUUCACGAACAAUCCAGACCAGACAGGGACAAAUAUGUUGACAUCAAAUUCAAAAAUGUGAUUCCGAGAACGAGAGGAAAUUUCAAUCGUUUUAGCUACAACACUAUCAACUCCAGAGGAGUUCCGUAUGAUUUUAGAAGUAUUAUGCACUACAGUAAUCGCGCUUUCAGUGUGAAUGGCGAAUACACAAUUAUUCCUAAGGGGUCUGGUAAUAAGGAAAAAUAUCUCAGGACUAUGGGACGGACCCGUUUUAUGAGUCGAGGCGAUAAACAGGUGGUCAAUAUUAUGUAUAACUGCCCAUCACGGACAUCUCAAACAAGGCCGUCUUGUCCAGACUAUCCUUAUGUGUUUCCACCAAACAAUUCGAGUUAA